UCCUCCCUCUCCUCCACUAAAUUAUGCGACAUCUAUCACCAUCGGUUUAGGGAUGUCAUCACCACUCCACUCCGUUUCACUUUCUGAGGGACGACAACGAGGCGAUAUACCCAUCGGGUGUUGAUCACCCACCAUCCACCAUGCAACAAUACUGUCGGCGACAUCAGUCCCGCCCACCUCAAAUUGCUUCAAGCUGGCGCUCAGUGCUCGAGCCCCCUGUUUGCUCUCCCAUCUUUACCCGCAAGGGACAUAGCACCCCCGACCCCCGUACGUCACUCAUUUGGUACCUCCACGUUGAUGGCCUCUUCGGGGUCAUUGGCCUCCUAUGGGGUGGGGACCAGGUUUGUUGGGUUCCGGCCCACUGUCAAAGGUAGUUGUGAGGAGAUGUGGAAUAGGGACCUGGUAUUGUUUGCAGCACUCUUUUCUAUGGCCAUUUUACCUCACCGACAUGCUCCUUGUGUGCCGCCUCUCCCAUACAUGCUACCACAGCAUACUAUACUUGACUUGUGACUUCCUUCGGGUUGCCUCAUCCUCUCAGUGAUCCUAGUCUACUGCGACGGGAUUCCCUCAUCUCAAUGAGAUAGUUUCACUUCUGAAACUACUCCCUUACCACCUUGUAUAUGAUUCGUUUCAUUACGUUUCAUUCUUCCUCAUGCAUUGUCUACGGACUACCUAGUGCCCUAAGGGCUUUCUCCAGUGUUCGUUUGUAGUGUUUCGGUUUUAAUACAUUCCCGCCUAAGGCGGUGUUGAGGC